GUGCCAUCUUGGCGAAGGGCGGAAGUUUUCCUGCGCGGCGGAGGCCCCCCUCUCCGUGGGAUGAGCUCUCUGCCGCCCGCCGCCCUUCUCGCACUCAUGGGCCUGCUCUUCGCCAGGACGAUGGCCUGGACCUCCAGCGGCAAAACGCACCCCGAGCUCGUCAACAACCUCUACAAAAAAGGGAUAAUUAAAUCCCAGCGAGUGUUUGAUGUGCUCUUGGCUACUGACAGAGGUCACUACAUCAAGUAUUUCCCGUACAUGGAUUCUCCUCAGUCCAUCGGAUACAAGGCUACAAUCAGCGCACCGCAUAUGCAUGCCCACGCGCUGGAGCUGCUGAAGGAUCAGCUUGUGGAAGGUGCUAAGGCACUGGAUGUUGGCUCUGGAAGCGGGUACCUCACGGCUUGCUUUGCCAGGAUGAUGGGCCCGACUGGGAAAGCUGUGGGGGUGGAGCACAUUAAAGAGCUGGUACAUGAGUCCAUCAGAAACGUCCAAGAAGAUGAUCCAACGUUGCUCAGCUCUGGCCGCGUAAAGCUUGUGGUUGGCGAUGGCAGGCAGGGCUACCCCGAGGAGGCUCCGUACGACGCCAUCCACGUUGGGGCAGCAGCAGCGACCGUCCCAAAGGAGCUGCUGAACGAACUGAAGCCGGGAGGUCGGUUGAUCCUGCCCGUUGGCCCCGAAGGCGCCAACCAGGUGCUGAUGCAGUACGACAAAACCAGCGACGGGCAGAUCGUGGAGACCCAGCUGAUGGGGGUCAUCUACGUUCCCCUGACAGAUAAGGAGAAGCAGUGGCCUCGGGAUGAAUUCUGACAGCGGGACGGAUAUCUCUAGAGGGACCUCAGGAAGCUCCUGGUGGCUGUGGAGGGUCUGGAUGGGUUUGCUUUCUGAGCAGAAGGUUUCUCAGUGGAGGCUCUUGCGAGGGCAAGUCCUGCUUUUGCAGAGCUCCUGAGGGAUGGAGGGAGGGAGGGAUGGAGAAAGGGCUGUUUCUCCAGCAGCAGGAGGGCCGUGUCGCUCCCAGACAGUCCGUGGAUGCUGACGCCUCCGACUGUUCUCCCCAAUAAGCUGUAGGUAACACCUGUCCACAGGGAAUCCCCAACGCAGGCGGGAAUACUGAAACCUUCACUAAAAAUACUCUAAUGUUGACUACUCUGCCUAACGCUUGAAGAAAACAAGAUGAAAUUCCUGUUUGAGAGCAGCAAACCUACCCUCGUUUGUCUAAAUUUAAUUAUGAGUGUUCUCUUCCUCUCGUGCAUCGACUAAUUUAAUCGCUGGCAGCAGCACCCAGAAUUUUGGGGUUCAGAAAGAUCCCGGGCUCAGUGGAGGGCCUGGGGGGCGGGUGGGCUCUUCGGGCAUUGUGGGAAUGGCAGAAUGACCACUUCUCCCAGGAAAUAAAGGUGAUCCUGCCUGCUGCCCUGUGCCGCAGCUCGCGUCCUCUGCCCGUUAUUUUCCCCUUCAAUCACCGUUUCCCCAGACUUUCCCCCGCGGCUCUACGGUUCCGUGGGCUUUUCUCUUGUUUUUUUUCUUCUUUUUUUCCCCCAAGAGAACAGAAUGAAGCUCCCAGCAGUGAGAGCUGUGUCCUUGGGAGCUGCUCAGCCGCUUUGAGCCCAACAAAAAUUUCUCAGUGACGUCACAUCCAGGCUGAAUAUUAAAGGCAUGCUUAGAAACGGA